AUGGCAGCAAAGCGGAAAGAGUCUGAGGUUUGGGCAUACUUCAAUAUUAUCGCUGAUACUCCACACAUUGCUAAAUGUUCUUUGUGCUCUACUAAGAUUGCGAGAGGUAAAGCCGAUGCAGCAAAGAAAGCUUAUUCUGUUAAGGGUCUUUGGGACCACUUAAAUUCCAAGCACAAGGAGCAACACAAACUAGCGAAAGCUGCUCAAGAAGAAUAUACAUCUAAGAAGCAGAAGCUGGAUAAUGCGGUCCUUGCAGCCAAGAGUCAACUCUACCAACUUGAACAGGCGCAGCCAUCGCUUCAAGAUUUCCUGACAAGAAACCAGGAAUGGGCGAGCGAUUCACCUAAUCAAGUCCAGGCCGAGAAACUCUCGUUGAACUGGAUUUUUGAUGAUCUACAACCGUACACAGUGGUUGAGAAUCAACAAUUUCAAAGUUUUUUAGCUGCCUUAAAUAAGAAGUUUAACAUCCCAGGUGAGAAGGUCAUCCGCUGUACGAUGAUGCCAAAUUCUACAAAAAUGCUCAAGGAGCUUUGCUGCAAUCUCUGUCAACAGCUAUCACAGCCGGGAUCUACUUCUGCAUAACGUGCGACAUUUGGUCGUCGUUGGCACUAGACUCGUACCUUGGUGUUACAGUCCACUUAAUUUCAGAGGAUUUCUACAGAAAACUUGUAGUGAUAAGAUGUCUACCCUAUAAUGCUAGCCACACAGGGGAAUCGAUCAAAACACGGAUCAGAUAUGUACUUCACAAGUGGGUGUUGCCAGAAGCGAGACUUCACUGUGUCGUUUCGGAAUCAGCAGCCAACAUGAAGAAUCUUUUGAAGAUUUCAACUGGAUCGCAUGUUUUCUGCACCUCUUGGCUCUCGUUGUGAAGCACUCAAUAUUCCAGCAGAGCGGAGUUAAACUGAUAGUGAAGAAAGUGAAGAAUUUAAUCAUCAAAUUUCGGACUCCAACAGGUAACUAAAAAAUAAGGUCAAUUAUGUCUUGAAUCGGGUUCUAGACUUCUAGUACAGUAAGUUAACACACCAUCAGAUAAUAAAUUGAUAUCAUUUUACACAAACUUCUUACAGGUAAACGGUUCUUGAAUGAGAACCAAAGCACUGACACCGCCUUGAUAACGGCGUGUGACACCCGAUGGAGCUUGUAUUAUCUAAUGCUGCAGUGUGUGACCCCCAAGAAAGCAGCUAUUACCCUCAGCCAGCAAGAUCCGGAGUUGAAACUCGAGGCACGACAAUAG